CGUUGCCUUGGCUACACCGUCUGUUAGGGCAGCGCACGCUAUCAGUGACGGAGACCUCACUGCGUUGCCCCAGCACCAGGGCUCGCGGGGGUCCCGGGAGGGUCUCGGCAGCCGUGCGCCCCGAGACCCCCGCCGCGGCCCGAUUCUCUGAGGGCCAGGCAUGAACCGCAAGAAGCUGCAGAAGCUGACGGACACCUUAGCUAAAAAUUGCAAGCAUUUUAAUAAAUUUGAAGUGAACUGUCUUAUAAAGCUUUUUUAUAGCUUGGUGGGAGCAGUAGAGAGGCAAGGUCUGGUUAUUGGACUGGAUCGUAAUGCAUUUCGAAACAUCCUGCAUGUGACAUUUGGAAUGACAGAUGACAUGAUUAUGAACAGAGUAUUCCGAGCUUUUGAUAAAGAUAAUGAUGGCUGUGUAAAUGUAUUGGAGUGGAUUCAUGGAUUAUCACUGUUUCUUCGAGGAUCUUUGGAAGAAAAAAUGAAAUAUUGUUUUGAAGUGUUUGAUUUGAAUGGUGAUGGAUUCAUUUCAAAGGAGGAAAUGUUUCACAUGUUGAAGAACAGCCUUCUCAAACAGUCAUCUGAGGAAGACCCUGAUGAAGGAAUUAAAGAUUUGGUUGAAAUGACACUUAAGAAAAUGGAUCAUGACCAUGAUGGGAAACUGUCUUUUGCAGACUAUGAACUGGCUGUGAGAGAAGAGACUCUUCUACUGGAGGCCUUUGGGCCAUGUCUUCCUGAUCUAAAGAGCCAGAUGGAAUUUGAAGCUCAAGUAUUCAAAGAUCCAAAUGAAUUCAAUGAUAUGUGAAUACCUAAGUGUCUAUAUUGUCUCAAGUGAGUAAAAAAGGAGGCACAUAUGUAUUGUUUAUUUUUUGUAUUUAGUUCAGAAAAAUGAUGUUGAAUUGUGUGUUUCAGGGUGAAGAUGAGGUUCACUUACGUAUGUCAUUUGACAUCAGUGUAAGGUGCAAUUAAAAUAGAUGGAAGACAAGAAGUCCCUUAUUAGAUGAUGGGUUUGGCAAGGCGGUUAACUUUUCUAGAGAUAUUUUAUCACAUAGACUACCUGUCGAAGCACAUAACUGGCAUAAAACCUUUGGAUGCAUUAAAUGAAUGGAAAGAUUAUGUAAUUAUGAAUUGUUAAUACAAAUAUUCUGUGUCAGAAAGAAGCUGGGUGUACACUGAAAAAUCAUUGAAACGACUGGAUUUCCUUUGAAACAAUAAAUAAUGAAGAUAGCAUCAAAAGAAUAGAGCAUUCUCUUAUUGAGCAUUGAAAUGCCUUUCUGGUAGGCAUUGAGGGAGAUCCAGAGAGAUGAAAGACACAAAGAAAUCAUAUUAUAUUGAAAUAUAAUACGAUUUGCAUUAUUGUUUGAGGUUUUGGCUAAAUAACCUUACUGAUUGUAAGUGCCUGAAGGCAAGGGUUUUAUCCACACACAUCUUUGUCUGCCAUAGCAGUUAGUCCUCUGCAUACAAAGGGCAGUCCAUAAUUACUGUAGAUUAGAAAACCAAGAAGUACCACAAGAUAAAUGCAAACUCUUGGUGAGCAGAGGGAGAACAUGUACUGAGUUUCUUAGGUUUCAUGGCUAAUGCAUUGGCACAGCUUUCAGUUAUCCCUGCAGUCCUUCCAGACAGUCCCUGCCCGGUGCAUUGCAGUUGGUUGCCAAAGCCCCCCUCUGUCCUGGCACCCAGUAUUCCUCCAUCCUGACUCCACGUAUUGCCCCCUUGCCACUGCCUGAGUGCACCAUAGUGUCCCCAUCCCCCCACUGCCUGGAGUUCCCCUUGUGUUCCCCUUUAUCAGGGCACAUCCUAACUGUACCCUGCUGGCUGUGACCUCCUGAAGACAGACCUGGCUUCUCCCUGCAUCCGGCUCCCCCGCACGUGCUGUGGGCAUCCUGAGAAGCCUGAGAAAGAGAGGGCCAGGUUAGGCUUGUGUGAGCUGCUUUUUGCCUUCUUGGUACACACAGUAAGCAGUGGAGAGGGGUGUCACACCGUAUCUGUUCUAUCCUCAUCUAAAUACUGAAAGGCUAGGUGGGAUAGGAAAUCUUUCUUACUACCUAUGCAUUAAGUUAAAGUAAAAGAGAAUAUUGUGUGAAAAAAUGCACUGUUACUAAUAAAUGGAAUAAACAAAUCCAGGAAAUAAAAGAAAACAUA